GAAUCGAAGAUUUUUUUUCAUUUCGUACGUUCUGACAGUAAAAUUGUUUUGUUUCCGAUAAAUUGAACCGAGUUCGGAAGUCUAUUUUAAAAAGUCGAAUAGGCCGAAAGAAAAGCUCAGGGACAGGACGGCACGUUUAAACGGAUUCAUUCUCUGUUUCUAACAACAGACUCGUAUAUUUAAAAGUGAGGAGCGACCCGACAAAACGAAUAGGAGGAUGCUGCCACCUACCUUUUCGUAUCGAAAAGGGAAUCUUGGCCCGACGACGAUGUUGAUUCUUUUAAUUUUAUCAUUAAGUGACGUACCUUCAGUGAAUGGUGCCUGCCAGUACCCAGCCAGUUGGGCCGGUGAGUGGUAUCAGUAUGACAAACUGGUAUCGAUUAUUAUCAUAAACGCGACCGUUCUGGGUGAAAGAACGUGCGUAGAACGGUCGACUGAUUCGUACAUCGUUUAUUUCAGCGGAGAGAAUUGUUAUUACUGUUUAAUCGUCAACGAUCGGCACGAGAAUGUGAUACAGUUUCGCGAGGGAUGGUGUCACACGACACGAACAACAUUGGAGGAUAUGUGUUCGAGCAUAAAAUCAGACGAUACUCUUUACUCCAUGUUCCGCGUGAAUUCGAAACCGAUACCGUGCCCAUUUAGCGGACCGUCCUUCACUUUUUCCUACGACAAGGGGUACGGCGAAUGCGUGUCACCCGUCAGUCUCGGAGAAAAGUGUACCGAUGAGAGUAAAUUGCUUCUCAAGUAUCAAGCUUGCCCGGAUAUAAAGAGAAGUGAAAGCAACACGGAGGAAUUGCAGUGUCUCGCUGUGUGGAACGACGGCCGUAACAAAUAUCUUGUUGGAACUUUAAAGGGAAGAAGUGUCUCCGGCGCCGACAAGAUAUACAGAUGUUUCUUGUACGAAGAGAAAACACAUCAACAAGGAAAAGUGGUAUAUUUGCUCGCUCAGUCUGGUGAACCGACAUGCAACGGUCUUACUACCGUUUCCGAGGGAUCACCUGCAAUCAAACUCACAAAAGUCGACAAGGAGCACAACAGAUGUAAAUACCCUUCAUGGAUCACUGAACAUCACGAUUGGCAUUCUUUGGAUGGCUCUAAGGUUUAUCACUUCACGAAUAAAAAUGCAACACUGAAAGUUCGUGUUCAAAAUAACGAAGGAGAUGUGUUCCACGAGGAGAAAAUUGUUUGUCAUAGUGUGGAGAAACUACAUUCCACCGACAGUGCGCAAACAUACAAAGUAAAGUUAAUUGCACACGUGACUAGCGGCUGCGAUAUUGGUUACGUUUGCAUGAUAUUUCACAAAAGGGAUCACCAUAUUAUAGAGUUACAGCAAUCGGAUCAAAAGGUUAUAAUGCCAGACGAAGCGUGUUCUCUUUCGGAUAUAUCCACAAUGCCAUACACCACGCUGAUCAGCUCGUCGUCGUUGCGUCAAAGGAAAUGUCCGAAUCACGGAAGAUACACGAUACUGGAAUUUACUCCAUUUCACUUGUCUGGUACGUCUUUCCGUCGACAACGUCGUAGCGAGAAACGCCCUUCCCGGCUUACUAAAAGGAGAACGUGGAACGAAGACGCACAGCAGACAAAGUCACACGAGCACCAACAACGGCAACAACAACAGCUACAACAGCUACACCAUCAUCACCACCACCAUCAUCAACACGGAGUUGAGCAGCAGCAGCAGCAACAACAACAACAACAACAACAACAGCAGCAGCAACAACAGGAACAUCAUGGACACGAAUGUAGAGGCACUACUGUUGAAAUAGGAUGUACUUCGAUAGAUCAGAAUGAGGUAGUAAUCAGAAAAACAUGUGACAAGGAAGAAACAAUUUAUUACUGUCACGGAAGUUGGGAAGACAGAGGUGUUUGGUACACGAUAGUGUCGCGGAAAACUAAUCAGGCUUCUGCCGCAUUGGGUCAAACUUUUUGUUUGUCUAUGCGGUUCGAUGGAAACACAGGCAAACUAUCUGUGACGGGAAGAACUAUUAAAACUAAACAUCCCGAACAAGAAUUUUGGGUUGGGAGAUUGGAUCGUGUGUGUCGCAGAGAACCAGUUGAGAACGAAUGGACGCAUACUCUUAUCAGCCAAGGUGUUUGUGAGGAUUUAACGAAGGCAGCGUCCAGUUUAGCGUCCCUUCUUCCUGUGUCCAAAAUAUUAUUUAUUCUAAUCGUGGGAAAUUGUGCAGCUUAUAAGUAUCUGUUGAGAUGAUAUGUGUAUUUCAACUGAAGCAAAAGCGAUGCUCCCAGUAUUACCGUUCCUUUAAACUCUUGUAUGAAAGGAGUAAAAGAAGGCUGGUAUAAAUCCUUCCGAUCGUGCGCUCUUUUUAAGGGGACAUAACCACGAUUAACAGUCCUUUCGAGUUCAGUGAUGCGGAAUUGUUGAACAAAAUUGCGUUGCUCGACUGCGUGGUUGAUAGAGCACGUGUCGGAUCAUAUUUUUCUUUCUCUUCCAUUCUUCUUCAUUUCUUAUUUCCGACAGAUUUCUGGAAUAUCACUUUUCUUUUACCCUGUUCCCUCUUAAUUCACAUUUUUCGAGUUCCUCCUGUCUCGAAGUUCAUUUUCUUCUACUGUUUUGUGAUAACGUGUGCUUUCAGACUUUCUUUUCUACCUUCUUUGCAGUUUAACCCCCUCUCGUAUAUACAUAUAAGGACGUAUUUAGAUUUUAGGUAUUAGACCCGUCGGUUUCAUGCGAGUACCAAGACUUUUGUACAGCAAUGUUUCUAUCCUAUGAGUUUAUAUUUAUAAUUGCACUUGCAUUUUUUAUGUAGCUGUAAAUGCUGAAAUGACAUCGGACUGUUCUUUGUCACACUGUGAAAUCACUCGAGAAGGUUAAUUUAUAUUUGAG